GCCCCCCUCGCGCGUGCUGCCCCGCAGGUCCAGUGCACUGACUGGGACCCACCUUCACCCUGGCCAGCAGCUCCCCACACGCACCCUGCCCCCCCGUUCUUUCCCCGCCGCAGCCCUUUGCUCCUCCCUCAUCUCCUUACUCCGGGGCGGUGUUCCCCCCCCCCCCCUCACAUCUUCUGCCAUCACCAGCACAUACCGUCUCUGUGCUUCUGGGAGAGUGACUCCUGCCACCCCGCGAGGCCUGCACUUUUAGCGGGGGGUGGGCCACUGCCCUGCCACAGUGGGAGGACACCUUUAUAAUCCCGGGGGGAUGACCCCUUCCGCCCCAUACAGACAGCCAUAUGCACCUCUGCACUCUUCUGGCUCUGUCACCACCACAUGCACCUUUUUACUCUUUCCACUACAUCCUCUGUAUGUUAGGGGGAAGACUAAACUAUCCUUUUGUCCCAUCCUCUCCUUACCAUUAUGUACAUCCCUGUACUCCCACAUCCAUCACACACAACUCUAUAUUGCUAGGGAGUGAGUGUCCUGGCACUGUCCCCACCAGGUUCCUAAGGGUUGCCUUUUCCCACAACCACAUCUGGACCUAAAUUCUGUGGUAAGGUCACUGUGUUUCUACAGCAAACUGGAAGCUCUGUGCCUGAUUCAAGUAAAUUUAAAACUUAAUUAUUUUAAUGAAUUCAACAUAAUAAUACUAUUCCUUGAACUACUUUUUAUAUUCAAUCCAAUAUAUCUUAUGCUAUUCUUCAAAUUUUUCAGAUGUCCAUCUGCUGCAGAUUUUUGUUUUGACACAUCUGUAUUGUAGGAGCUGUCGAAGAUUAACCACAAAAUCAAGGGACUCUUGCAGCUUUUGGCAAACAGGAAAACAGAACAGUUUGGGCUUUUAGCACUCAUGUAGUAGAGUGCUAGGGAAAGGAUGUAACUUUUCUUCCCUUUUUAGACAAGGUCAAAGUUUCCUUGAAAUUGUUGGGGGCAGGGUACUUGAACUUUUAGCUUCCAGACAACAGUCUUGACUUCAUCUGUCACUAAGUCCAACAGCUCAGUGUGGACCAAGCACACUUGUUGAAUUGCUCUGAUAUAGUGAUCAGCAGAGAAACAAGUGUUUACAAUUAUAUUUAUUAGCCCUGGUCUGCACUACAUAGUUAGGUCGACAUAAGGCAGCUUAUGUCUACUGAACUAUGUCCAUAUACACACUACAGCCUUGCUCCCACUGAUGUAAGUGUACUACCACGCUGAAUAUAACUGCCACUCCACGAGAGGCAGAGGGCUUGUGUCGGUGUAGUUAGGAUGACCUAUAGACACUGAAUUACCUAUAUCAGCAGUUGGUGUCCACUCCAAACUGGGCUGCCACCCAAGCUCCUGCUUGGGCUGCUGCCUGGGCUUCUGCGCACGCACCCACCCCACUCCCAGCAGGAAGCCUGACUGCCCCCAGCUGGACUCUUGGUUCUCUGUCAGGAGCAUAGCAGCCAACCGGACUUGAAGCUCAGAUCUCCACACCAGAGAUCAGAAACCCCAGGCAGUUCUUUCUUCCUCCUCUCUUCUCCCUCCCUCGCCCCCAGCUCGGUAGUGGCAAAGCAAGAAGCUCUGGGGCAUGUGGCGCUCAGGCCCCUAUACUGCCCCUCUUCAGUCAGUGGAAGCACUCCAGGUGAAGGGAGACACCACCAACAGAAGGAGUAUGGUAGUAUAAAUUGACCUAACCUAGCUUGAUUUAAGAUUGUAAUAUAGAUAUGUCCUUAGUUGUUAGCGUUAGCACCCUUUUGCUAUGAAUGGCCAGUUCAUAACUACUAUUGGUUCUCUGCAGGUGCAGGAAAAACAGCAAGAUGUGUAUAUUGCAUGCUUUUUAAAAAAAAUCAGAAGGGCUAAAAACUCAAGUUUUUAAAUUAAAUUUUAGAUUCUGGGGCACAAUUGUGUGUCAGUGAGUGGAAUCUGCAGGAGGCUUUGUUACCAUAUAACUAUAAAAAUAGGACUCUACUUAAUAAGAUGCAAAGAGAACCUAUUUGUUCUCGUGAGCAAAAAUCACAAGCAACAGGUCAUGUGUAUUGUUUUCUAGUGUUGGGUACCUGUUGCUUUCCCAGUGUGUAUUACUGAAGUUCCUGUUUGACUGGGCUGAAACCAUCUCUAUAGUAUCACUUUGUCCUUUAGUUCCUGGACCUGAUAAUGAAUCCUCCUCUCUCCUUUUAUCGAAAACUCAUGUUCUCUUCAGCAGGCAUUCCCAUUUCAUUCAGUUGUGUUGACAACUGUCUUCUGAAGUGAAGCUAUAAGACUUGCUGUAUGGAAUCUUGUUCUAUAGCAUGGGAGAAGAGGAAGGACUCCACCAAACACAGUUAUUGGACACAAUGUUUGUGCGAGGACUGAAGAGAAAAUGUUUUGAUGGUGAAGAAGAUAUUGAAGGAACUCUGGCUGGCUUUAAAGCUAUCCCUUCAUAUAAUCUUCAGCGACAGUCACUUUUAGAUAUGUCUUUGGUCAAACUUCAAUUAUGCCACAUGCUCGUUGAACCUAAUCUUUGUCGUUCGGUACUUAUAGCCAAUACAGUGCGGCAAAUCCAAGAGGAAAUGACCCAGGAUGGGACUUGGCAGAUGAUAAAUACACAGAGUGCAGGACAGACUUCUCUAGAUCGUCUAGUUUCAACAGAUAUCCUUUGCCGUUCAUCCAAGGAACAAGCUGAAGGAAAACUUGUUCCAGUUUAUAGUACCUUCACUAAAGACUGUGAGGGUACGUCACAAGAUAAUUCAGAAAUUAUGUCAACAGUUACGUCACCACAAGUUCCAAAAAACCUACAAAGUAACAUGUGGGAAAUGGAGAACCCACAAGAAAAUAGAGGAAGCUUUCAAAAAUCAUUAGAUCAAAUAUUUGAGACGUUAGAGAAUAAAAGUCCUAAUACAGUUGAAGAUCUAUUUUCAGAAGUUGACAAUUCUUACUAUGACCUAGAUACAGUAUUAACAGGAAUGAUGAGCAACACAAAAAUGGGACACUGUGAUCUCGAAACAUUUCCGUCUCAGACAUCCACAAAUUCUAAUUCUAACUGUAAAUCUGAUCUUAAUGAGCUUGAUCAUAUUGUGGAGAUCCUUGUUGAAUCUUGAAACUGUUAAAUGUGCAGAAGACAAAGAUCCUUCAAGGAAACAGGACUUGUGGAAACCAUUUUUAAGAUAGUUUAUUCUAUCAAAACUGCACAUGUAUUUUAUAAAAAAGUAUAUAAAGCACUUCAUAUUGCAAAAUGUUAAUUUUUGAAGUUAACAUGCAAUUUGUAGUGUCACUCUGUUUUGUCCAUUUGACUGUAAAUACAUACUGUAAAUGAUUUAAGUUAGAGCCCAAGGCUUUCAGAACUGAGCUUUUUUGCAAAAUUUCUAGCCUUUUGAAGGGGGUGUAUGUUCAGUGAGGGUUUCUCUCUUUUGUUUUCCUUUGGGCUUCCCCUUCUUCCCUUCUCCUCCUCCCUCCCCCCCAAGAGGCAGCAGUUAGAGAGACUGGGUUCUCCUUUACCUCCUGACUCUGGAUCAACACUUCAUUCCUACCACCACUUAACUCCUUCCCUAUCCACUUCCUCUGUUCUGCCUGCAGUUACUGCAGGCACUUGAGGAGCAAUAUGCAAUAGUUCCAUUAUCCUAGUUUAGUCUGUUUUUGCGCAAAAAAAAUCUGUUUAAAUAUAGUUUUUAAAGUGUUUAUCAAUGUUUAGAUUUUUCCAGCUAUUUUCCUAAAGUAUAUUUUUUACUAUAAAUGUCCUAUGAGCUGCUAAUUUAGUAACUUUUAAUCAUAAAUAUUUGCAGUUGAUGUAUUUUUGAAAGACUUUCAGGAAGGGAUUUGUUUUUACCAUGAGCUACCUUAUGUAGUUCAGUAAAGUGUGUAAGUGUAAAUAUACGUUUUAUAGGUUACAUUAAAAUGUAAGUGCUGUUUUCAUUGUUUUAUAGAGUAGUACUUUACUAAACUAAGAAUUGUACAAGUAUGCUUUUUAUACAACUUGAGCAUCAUUAGAGGAAAAGCUGAUACAGCUAGGUGCAAUUACAGUUCAAACAACAUCUUUGUUAAUUUCAGACCUAAAUUAUAUGGGUUUUUAUUUAUAUUUAUUUAUAUGUAAAUGUCAUCAAAUGAAUUGUUUUUCAUUGAAGUCUACCAUCAAAUAGUUGUUUAUAUGAGAACUGUCUUGCGCUAAUUACUACAAAAAGUAUUACUAGAGGCCUUUAAACCUCUAAUCAUGAGGUAUUCCGAUGUCUUGUCUAGAUUAGUAUGUCCCACUCUACCUAGACUUUCUUAUCAAACUGUUUUUGAUUAACAGAAGUUAAUAUAAUGUGGGUUAGUAUUUGCUUUCAUUAAGGACUUACACAUUCGUUUUAGAGUGUGUAUAAUUCAUCUUGUCCCUAAGGGCACUUUUUGGGGGUGGGGGUGGGGCCAGAAUCAAAUUUGAUGUACAUUUUUUUUGCUAUAAAAUGAGCAAUUUUUACCUUGGUAAACUGGUGCUGGGAAAAAAAUCAAAAUAUAUGAUAGGAAAGGGAGGGAAAGAGAUGUUGUUCCUGGAACCUUUUGGUAUUGUCCGUAUGCGGAGAAGAGAUUGCAAAUAGUUCAGUAGUUUUCACUGGUGUAUCAAGGGACUGAGAACAACGUGGAAAAUAAACAUUUUUUGCGUUUAGCAGACCUUUUUGUCCUCCCACAGGUGAUCUGACACUUCGUGUCUGUCUCAUGAUUCUCAAAUCUCUAACUAGGGAUUUUAAGUACAUUCCAGUUCCUCACUUCCAUGAAACUUGUUUCUAAAUAUAAAUACUCUUGUUUCUA